UACUCGAAGAAAAAUUCAUUUCCUUUCUACAGUCAUGUAGAACCCAUAAACAACUCCUCCAGAUUCAUGGUCAGAUAAUUGCCCAUGGAUUUGAGGAAAAUGAGUACGUCACCCCAAAGUUCUUCACGGCUUGUGCAGCACUCAAGAAGAUGGCCUAUGCCCGAAAGGCGUUCGAUCAAAUUCCUGAUCGGAGCACUGCUCUAUGGAAUGCCAUGUUUAGAGGGUAUUCACAAAAUGAUUCUUACUGGGAAGUCAUUGUGCUGUUCUUUCAAAUGAAUAGAGCCGGCGCACUGCCUAGUUGCUUCACCUUUCCCAUUGUUCUUAGAUCUUGUGGGAAGGUCAAUGCAACAACUGAAGGAGAAGAAGUUCACUGUUUUGUAAUAAAAGGAGGUUAUAAAUCAAAUCCAUUUGUGGCAACCACAUUGAUUGAUAUGUAUUCAGCUAGGGGGUCAGUUGGAGCUGCUUAUAAAGUGUUUGGUGGGAUGCUUGAUAGGAAUGUAGUUGCAUGGACUUCUAUGAUUAAUGCAUAUGUCGGUUGUCAUGACAUAGUUUCUGCACGACGCCUUUUUGACUUAGCACCAGAGCGUGAUAUCAUCUUGUGGAACACUAUGAUUUCGGGUUAUAUAGAAUUGGGUGAUAUGGCAGCAGCAAGACAAGUUUUUGAUAAUAUGCCCAACCGGGAUAUUAUGUCAUGGAACACAAUAUUGAGUGGUUAUGCGACUAAUGGGGAUGUUGAAUCCUGUGAGAAGUUGUUCAAAGAUAUGCCUCAAAGAAAUGUCUUUUCUUGGAAUGGAAUGAUUGGAGGUUAUGCUCGCAAUGGACGUUUUUCUGAAGUAUUGGAUUCUUUUAAACAGAUGCUUAUUGAAGCUGAUGUGCUUCCUAAUGAUGCAACACUUGUUACGGUGCUGUCUGCAUGUUCAAGAUUAGGAGCUCUUGAUAUGGGUAAGUGGGUGCAUAUGUAUGCAGAUGGUAUUGGUCUAACAAGAAACCAGUUUGUUGGAAAUGCUUUGAUUGACAUGUAUGCAAAAUGUGGGAAUAUAGAAAGUGCAAUUGAUGUGUUCAACACUCUGGAUAGAAAAGAUAUAAUUACAUGGAACACCAUCAUCAAUGGCCUAGCCAUACACGGGCAUGCUGUUGAUGCCUUGAGUUUGUUUGAUCGGAUGAAGAAUGCAGGAGAAAAACCAGAUGGGGUUACUUUUGUUGGAAUUUUGGCUGCCUGUACACAUAUGGGUUUAGUCCAAGAUGGGUUUUCAUACUUCCAAUCAAUGGUGGAUUGUUAUUCACUUGUCCCUCAAAUUGAGCAUUAUGGAUGUAUGGUUGAUUUACUAGGAAGAGCUGGUCUUUUAGACCAGGCUAUAGAUUUUGUGAGGAAGAUGCCAAUGAAACCAGAUUCAGUUAUAUGGGCUUCCCUACUGGGGGCAUGCAGAAUAUACAAGAAUGUUGAUUUAGCUGAAUUGGCUCUUCAACAGCUCAUUGAUCUUGAACCAAACAACCCUGCAAACUUUGUUGUGCUUUCCAACAUAUAUAAGGAUCUUGGAAGAUGGCAAGAUGUUGCACGAUUGAAGGUUGCAAUAAGAGAUACUGGGUUCAAGAAACAACCGGGAUGUAGUGUGAUAGAGGUCAAUGAUAAUGUGGUGGAAUUUUAUUCCUUAGAUGAGAGACACCCUGAUACAGAGGAUAUAUAUAGGACAUUGAGAGGAUUGACAAUGCUGUUAAGAUCAUAUGGAUAUGUUCCAAAUCUAGCAGAGAUUGGGCGUGGAACUUGAACGAUGGAAGGAGUAUCACAUGAUUGAUAGAUACUUUUAUCACCUGCGAAAUUAUGGACGAAAUUAUCUCAAAAAGCAAUUUUUUCAAGGCUCAGCAAGCAAAAGAAGAGGAAGAAAAUGAACAGUUGGUGGAAGAUUUAGAUCAGAAAUUCACUGAUUUAAUUCAGUUUAAAGCAUUAUUAUCUCUGACGGUGCGGUACCCAGGAAGGUGAAUUCCUUGGAGGCUCUGGUGAACAAGAGUAUUACAAUUGAACCUAGCAACAAAUAGUUUAUCUGGUACUCAGAAGAUUUUUGUAGGCCCCGAGAGUUUCUUCUUGUAGCAAUAUCCUAUUUGUUCUUUAUGGCAGGACAAACCUGAUGCUUAUGACGAACUUGUCAAAGAAUUGGUAUUGUAAAUGAGAGCUCGCCCCUCAGACAGGACAAAGACUCCUGGAGAGAUUGCUCAAGAGGAAAGAGAACGCUUAGAGCGAUUAGAGGUAUUUAUAAAUUCCUUAUGCUUGGCAAAGCUGGCUUUUAGAAAUGGAUGACUGUAACAUUUGCCAGUUUACUCUUCAAGUGAUGAAGAUGAUGAAAAUUCAGAAAAUCCGCCCAAAAAAAAAAAAAAAAAAACAACGAACCAAAGUUGCUCUCUGGGGAUGAACUUGGUGGUUCCUUUUCUGUUAGUGAAUAAACUAUGAGCAAAAGGGGCUGGAUUGAUGAGAUUCUUGAAAGAAAAAAAUGCACAAGAUUCUGCUGGUGAGAAUGGUGAAGCUUCUGAUGAUUCUGAAAGUUCUGAUGAAGAUCCUGAUGAAUAUGAAAUCAGUCAUUUUUUGAAGGAUUGGGAACAAAGUGAUUAUGACAAAGAAUGUCAAGCCAAAUUUAGAGGAUGAAGGGGAAGAAGAUAGUGGUGAGGAAGAAGAGCGAGAGAAAAAAGCAGGACAGCAUGACUGGGGCAACGCUGUGAAGAAGCCGAAUGCUACAGUUCUUAUAAAUGCAAAGAAAAAAGAUAAUGUUGAACAUGUUAAAAAGGAUAGGGAUUACUCAGAUGCCAAGAAGAUGGAUUUCGGGGCUAAAAAAUCUUCAGCAAAGUCAGACAUUCCUUUUAUAAUUGAAGCUCCUAAGACCUUUGAAGAAUUACGUUCAUUGCUUGAUAACUGCUCAAAUUCUGACAUUAUCAUGGUUGUUAACCGAAUUCGAGCAACCAAUGCAAUCAAACUUGCUAUAGAGAACCGCAAAAAGAUGCAACUUGGGAGGAGGCUAAGCACAAUAUUGACAAUUACGACUACGUGAUGGCAAAGGGGCUCCUUGUAGCUUGAACAAAAGCAUAAGCAAUUGCAAUGGUAUGAACGACGAUGGCGAAGCAACCUCGGAUUUCUCAAAACUGACUUCUUCUUCAUCAUCUUCAUAGAUUGUUUCCAAGGUUCUUUGGACGUUAAUCCUAGAAACCUUCACACUCCGAUGUGGCGCAACAGCCGAGAGUCGCGACAGCGAUGAACUUUGUUUGUUUACUUUCACUGUUGAGCUUUCUGAAGCCAUAACUAGGGUUUCAGAUAUAUAUGUUUGUUUUGUUUUGGGGACAACAAGGGUUUCGGCUAUGGUUGUUUACAAUGGCUAUUAGAGCUUUAGAGGAGCAAUGAGCUCGUUCUGCCUGUGUGUGGUAUUUAUACAGCCAAUUGGACUUUGUGCACCAACCAACGUGCCCCUUUGAUUCCAAUUAAUUGCAUUAAUGCCAUUCACACACCUGCAUUUAUUUAA